AUGAAAAAUUCAGAACAAGAAUUUGAUAGAUUUUGGAAUCUGAUUAUUUUUUAUUUUUACGAAAAUACUGGAACUGGAAAGACAAAUGAUUAUGAUGGUGAAGAGAUUAUUUUGUUAGAUAAAUACCAUAAGAAAAUUGAAUGGAAAGAUUUAAUGAAUUUAAUGAAUGAUAGUAAAUAUAUGGUAGAAACAGAAGAAGGAGAAUUUGUACCGUUUCCUACGAAAUAUAUUUUUAUAACUAAUAGAAAGUCUCUAGAAGAAGCCUAUGAAUUAGAUGCAGGUGAUAGUGAUAGAUUUGAUAAAUUCGAAAAUCAUAUAAAAUAUGAUAAUAGAGAAUAUGAAAAUGAAGAAAUUAUUGAUAUAGGAGAAAAAUAUGUCAAAAAUAUUAAAGACGAAUAUCCUAGAUGUAAAGAAUUAUAUAAAUAUAAAGAAGAUAAAAUUAUUCUUUCUAUUAGAAAUUCUAGUACAACUACUUCAAGAAAACCUAGUACUUCUAUGAAUAGAAAUAGUGGUACAAUUACUUCAAGAAAACCUAAUAAAUGUGAUAUUAAAUAUAGAUCAUUAUGGUCAGAUAGUGAAGAAAUACAAACUGCUAAAUUUAGUUAUGAUUCUGAGAAUAAAUGUAUGGUUGUCGGUGAUACAUUUGAGUAUAUAGUUGGAUUAUAUUUGAAAAGAAAUGGAUUAAAUCCAAAAAUAAUCAAAAAUUAUUUAAUUAUUGAAGGCUUGGAAAUUAUUAAUACAGGAAAAUAUAGUAUAUUUGGUGAUGAUGGAAUAGAUAUUUGGUGUAGAUGGGAAGGUAUACCUUUAUUGGUACAAUGUAAAUUUCGAUCUGUUUGUGAAUUUUGUAAGACUAAAAAAAGAAAAUGUAGUUAUGGAUAUUGGAAAAAAGAUAUGAUUAAAGAUGUAAAAAAAUUUGAUGAUAAAUUAUCAGAAUAUAAAGUAGAUGUAUUUGGUAUAUUUGUGAUUAGUGAAGAUAUAUUAAUAUAUGAAGAAGUUAAUAAUAUGAGAUUUAAGAAUGUUAUGAAAGUUGUUAAUUUUUCUAAUGAAUUAAAUUAUGAAAUUGAUAUAUUGGAAUUAGAAGUUGCUUAUAGGAGUAUAGAAGCAACGAUCACUGAUAAAAUAAUAUUGAGUACAGAUUUUUAUUUCAAGAAUUUAGAAAAAAUACUUUAUUAUCUUAGACAAGCGUAUAAUAUUACAAGUUUAAAUGAUAUUUUGUCCAGUCACAUUGCUUUCACCACUGAAAUGUCGAGGCUUGAUUAUUUUGCAGAGAAAUCUACUUGGAAUUUACUAGACUUUCUAGAAUGGGGUGCAGCCAAUUUCAAAAAAGAUUUUGGAAGUAAAGAUGAAGAACACCUUACUUAUAAAAUAAAUCUGGAAACCAUUAAGAAUAAACCAGAAAUAUUGUUAUUUCGCGACAGUUUUACGGUUAGAAAAUUAGCAACAGAAGCGUUAGAAAAUUUUAAGGUCAAGAAACUUUAUUUCAGUAUUUUCAUUAUGUGCUAUCAUGAAGGGUGUGUCAAUCAAAGUGCUAGGAUGCGUCUGAAAGUCCAACGGAUGAGUCUUGCGGGUUGCACCUGUGAGACAAUAGCCCUUCGUGAUUUUCCUUUAUUAUUAAUUUUGCCAGAAGAAGAAGUUAAAUCGAUUGAAAUUAAAACUUUCUGGGAAAAUUGUCCUACAUUUAUGAUUUCACUGACAAAGGUGAUAAAUUUAACUUCUACAAGGAUGGUGUCUCGGGUUUCAGAGCUCCAUGAUGAUUUAAGCAAUGCUAUUUAUACAGAAACGCGAGAUCAAAUAUCUUCAUUUCCGAAAAGGAAAAAAACCGAUUCGUUGCAAAAUAAUGGAAAGAAGCUCCAUCUUGACAAAACAGAAAAUAGCCAUAUUAUGAAAGAAAUGGGAAAUACGCUUAAGGAACGUAACAAUAUCGAGGAUGAUUCGCCAGAUAGAAAGAAACUAUUACCUAUUAAAGUUGAGACUGAUAAAAAAAAAAUUAGCAUUGAAAAAAAAAUCUUUGGUGAACUAUUAAGUCGACACAUUUAUCUACUUUGUAAACCGUUCAGAGAACUUUGCAAGGAAGAAGCAGAAGAAUUAUUUAAUAAAAUAGAUAGCAAUACAACCGUUGAAUUGGACCUUUCUACAAAUAUAAUAGAAUAUCUCCAAGAUCUACUUAGCGGUGAUAUUAAAAGUGCAUUGUCUAAGAUAGAAAAACCUCCUAAUGAUGAAAGUCAAUUAUUAUUAUGGGUUAGAGAAGUUUGUCGUCACUUUCUUCUAUACUAUUAUCAUGGUGGCUUACAAGUUGAUGGUAGUGAAAAAACUUGGUCAACACAGACGGUUUAUCGCAUAUUGGAUUUAUUUUCAACUUUUUUCGGGAAAACUAUAUCAGGUAUUGCAUUUGGCGAGAUCAUGAAUGAAGCUCAUAACGAUAGAACAUAUAACAUUAACUAUAGUCAAAAGCCGUCAAAUUACGGAUGUGUAAGCAAAAAUGACGCUGUCUUAUACCAAGAUGAAAUCGCUGCUGUUUUGUAUGAACAAUCGUUUGGUCCUACGGAAUUCACUCUAAACCACCAAUUAGAAGAUUUUGCUAAGCUAGCGCACAAUGGAGUCGAUGAUUUGAACUUUCAUUUUAAUCAAAAUAGAAAUUGUACAACUAAUACGGCUAAAAAAUUUAAGUCUAUAGGGAUCCAUGGUUAUAAACGCUGGCAAUUAGUGAAUAUUGCAAAGUUUGGUGCAAUUCUCGAAAAAUUACUGAUUGAACGACAAAAUAUCAAAGAAGAAAUGUCAAAAGAAAGUAUUCUAAAUAAUCUUGAAACAGAUUAUAUAUAUAGCUGGAUAAAAAUACCAGAUAAUACGCCUAAGAGCAAAAAUAAAAAUUAA